UAGUCUGUCUUUUAUUCUUGGCCAGCAUGGAGCUGCUGCCUUGUCGCGCUUCUCGCUGUUGUCGUUGUCGUUGCCGGUUUGUCGCCUACUAAAAAGAGCGAAAGAGAGCGAAAGCGAGAGGAGAGAGAGAGAGCUGUCUGUCGUUGGUUGUUGUAUGGUUGUUCUUUUUGGGGCUCGCGUGUUGUCGCAAUCGCAGCCGUUUUUAGACCUACGCCGUCAACGUCGCGCGUUGCGUCGUCGUUUUGUCAUUUUGGAAUCCGAUUGUUGUUGAUUUUACUCGUGUAUGUUUAGUUGUAUUUUUUGGGUCUGGUUUGCGUGUGCCUUGCAUAAAAGUCAGCACGAACAGAACAGAACUGCGAUCGCCUCUCGCAUAUUAUUUUUUUGUUUAUUUAAUUGUGACGUCAGAUCCGCAACAGAACAAUAAACCAAGAGGUGGUCUCGUCUCUGAUUCGAUGUCUAUAUCCCAGAGCCCCACACCCUUGGGGCUGGUGCUGGUGCUGCUGCUGUUGUGCCUUGCAGCGCAGCACUGCCACUCCGCGGAGAUCGCCACCAUGCCCACCAUUACGCAUCCGUGUGCGUAUGCGGAUACCGUAAACAUCACGGACGGACUCCGACUGAAGGAUGGCUCCUACUCCUACGCCGGAGUGGUGGUCCCGCCCAAUCUCAUGGCGGAGUACAGCUUCAAGGUGAUCGAUGGCGUCGAGUAUCGUGCCCCCAAGCACCUGCGGGGCUGCGUCUGCCUCUUGAAGCCCUGCAUUAGCUUCUGCUGUGCCCGCGGACUGGUGUUCGAUGCCAAGGGCUGGAAUUGCACGGCGCCCCAUCAGGAGCGGCAGAUCACACACGUGGAGCUGACCUACGGCAACCGGACGGUGGAUCAAGUGCGAAUCAACGAUCGCUUUGUUGUGCGCACGGAGUUGGGGUGCCGCAACAAGUUCGUGGACAAGAAGCACGAGACCUUCUGGCAGUGGGACCUCUUCGAGAAUGGAUCUCUGCUGCGGGACAGUCGCCUGUGGAGCACGGACGAGUAUUGCUUCAGUCCGCUGCAGCACAAGGCGGAGGAAUGGGAGUUGACGCCCCUAAGCUGUGAGCGCUUCCAGACAGGCUAUCGCGUGUGGAUCUAUGCGAUAUGCAGCAUCAUUGCCAUAUUGAUCAACAUAUUUAUCCUGUCGCUGUUGGGUUCGGUGCGGGAUGCCCGCAAGAGUCACUACGGACAGGUGAUCAUCUACUAUCUGCUUGCCUUGAUCGUGGGUUACGCGCUGCUCGUCUACUUGGCCCUCAAGAAUCCCAUGAAACUCUCCCACGCAGCUUGCAGGAAUAUUGGUUUGCUGGCCUACUUCUGCAUCAUGCUGUCGUUUGUCUUUCUGGCCAUUUGCAGCUUUGAUUUCCUGCAAAAGUUCCGCCUGAAGCCCUGCAAGAAUUGGCUUCGCAGGCUGUUCUAUUUCCUGGCUGUGGUUCUGGUUGUUGGCCUACGGUUUCUGGUAUCCUUUGCCCAGGACUCGAGCCUGCCCAAGCACUAUAAGCCGGGCAUUGGCGAGGACUAUUGCUGGUUCGAUGUGCGCCUUUGGGGCAUUCUCAUCUACUACUAUGCACCCAUUAUCCUGCUGCUGACCUUCAGUGUUGUCUGCUGCCUCAAGGCCUACUUUUCCAUCUACGAACUGCCAGCAGACACUCAAUAUAUCCUGGGCACACAGCUGCGCAUAGUCAAGACACAUUUCUAUGCAUUUUGUGCCUAUUUGGUGGGCGUCUCUGCCGUCUGGCUGCGCGAGAUUGUCGUCUAUAUUAUGGCGCGUGUGAGGGAGCAUUUCUUCAUCAUUGACUUCUGGAGUGGCAUUUGCAUCUUGGGUCUGGCCAUUGCCGGCUUCAUUCUGCUGCUGGGCAAGAACAUGCAUGUGAAAACCUGGUGGGCCAUCAAUGUGGAAUCCAGUCAGACCGAUUUGAGUGUCAUUAAUGCACGUGUCUACAAUUUCAACGAAAAGGGAGAUCUGAAAUCUUCAGAUUCUCCCUACCAGCCAACGGUGACAUCAUUAUAGAUGGGAGAGACUGAGAGAUUGAAUUCAAAUAAUUGCUCAUCUGCGUAUGAACUCUGGUAUUCGCUAAGCUAAUGAUUCAUUUGGGUGCCACACCACACAAACACACUCACAAAUGUGUGAAUAUAUCAUAUGUAUACAGUACAUUUCUAGGAAGUAAUUGACUUAAGACUUUUGUUGAAUAAACUCGAAAUUCUGUAAUA